CUGGGCUACCAGUACCUGGAGGAUAAUGUCUCAUUUACACAUUACAUUUUUAGUUUUUGUUUAAUUUUUUAACGGUAGACCUCUGGACAAAGGUAAUGUGUGGAAGAGCUUCCUUCACGAGAGCGCUGCCCUGCCUCUGGUGGGCCGCUGUGUUUUGUUGCGGGCAGCGCCUCCCCACCGGCCGCUGCUGCCCCGCAAAGCCUCGGGAGGGCGCCAGUGCUCCCUGUGGGGCGUGCGGGGGGGGGGGCUCUUCCUCCCUCUUCUCAGCGUUCUCCUCUCCCAUUUCCGUCUGCGGCCCAAGGGCCCGACGGAGGAGCUGUCGCGUGUUUUGGCCCCGCGGCCGGCGCAGCGCACGUGUGAAGGUGUUCAAUCUCCGAGGAGAUGGGAAUGGGAUUAGACAGGGCUGCGCAGCCCCUCUCCCCGCGGGCCGGGGCCGGGGGGGCUAGUGGCGCAGCUGAAGCGCCCGCCCCGACGCGGGCAGAAAGCCACGGGGACUUUUCGUCCUCCUCGUGUUUUUGCCCGGCGAGGAAGCUGGCUUUGCACGGGACCCUGUUCGACAGGAACGGACGCGGGACACACGACAAAGCCCCAAACGCCGGCGGUGGUCCAGACAGCGACCUGCUGGCACAGCCUGGGUGCGGCCUUUCGGAGAAGAGCGUGAAGGAGGGGCUGCUGCUGAAGCAGACGAGCUCCUUCCAGCGGUGGAAAAGGAGGUACUUCAAGCUGCGAGGACGGACCCUGUACUACGCCAAGGACUCCAAGUCACUCAUCUUUGACGAAGUGGACUUGUCGGAUGCCAGCGUAGCUGAAACCAGCACCAAGAACAUCAACAACAGCUUUACGGUGAUCACCCCAUUCCGAAAACUCAUCCUGUGUGCAGAGAACCGGAAGGAGAUGGAAGACUGGAUUGGUGCCCUGAAGUCUGUCCAGAAAUGGGAAAUCAAUGAGGCCUCCCAGUUCAACAUGGAACACUUUUCCGGCAUGCACAACUGGUACGCCUGCUCCCAUGCCCGGCCCACCUUCUGCAACGUCUGCCGGGAAGCCCUCUCUGGCGUCACCUCCCAUGGCCUCUCCUGCGAAGUGUGCAAGUUCAAAGCCCACAAGCGCUGUGCUGUGAGAGCCACCAACAACUGCAAGUGGACCACGCUGGCCUCCAUCGGAAAUGAAAUCAUUGAGGAUGAAGAUGGGGUGGCCAUGCCUCAUCAGUGGCUAGAGGGGAACCUGCCCGUCAGUGCCCGCUGUGCCGUGUGUGACAAGACGUGCGGGAGCGUGCGGAGGCUGCAGGACUGGCGCUGCCUUUGGUGCAAAGCAAUUGUCCACAGUGCCUGCAAGGAGCAGUUGGGCAAGAAGUGCCCCCUGGGGCAGUACAAGGUCUCCAUCAUCCCCCCCACCGCCCUCAACAGUAUUGACUCAGAUGGCUUCUGGAAGGCCACGUGCCCUUCAUCCUGCUCCAGCCCUUUGCUGGCCUUCGUCAACUCCAAGAGCGGGGACAACCAGGGGGUGAAAUUCCUGCGCAAGUUCAAGCAGUUCCUCAACCCGGCACAAGUCUUUGACCUGAUGAAUGGGGGCCCACACUUGGGGCUGCGUCUCUUUCAGAAGUUCUCUACUUUCCGGAUCUUGGUGUGCGGGGGCGAUGGCAGUGUGGGCUGGGUGCUGUCUGAAAUUGACUCGCUGGGACUGCACAAGCAGUGUCAGCUUGGGGUCCUUCCGCUGGGGACCGGGAACGACUUGGCCCGGGUCCUAGGUUGGGGCAGCCUCUGUGAUGACGACACACAGCUGCUGCAGGUCCUGGAGAAGUUGGAACGAGCCACCACCAAAAUGCUGGACAGGUGGAGCGUUCUGACCUACGAGGCCCCCAAGCAGUCCCCACCAGCCAUUAAAGAAGAGGAGGGUGAUGAUUCCAGCAUACAGACUCAGAUUUCCCACUAUGCUGACUCCGUGGCAUUACACUUGGCAAAGAUUCUGGAGUCUGACAAGCACUCGGUGGUGAUUUCCUCGGCAAACUUCCUCUGUGGGACGGUGAACAACUUUGUGGCUGACGUAGGCAAAGCGUAUGAGCGGGCAGCCGACAACAAGCAGGAAGCGGACACAAUGGCCCGCAAGUGCGCCAUGCUGAGCAAGAAGCUGGACUCCCUGGUUCGUGAGCUGAAUGAGGAGUCGCAGGCCGUUGUGGUCCCCGAAGGCACCUCCCCAGCACCCUUGCCCAGCCCUGAAGCCACGGAUGGCAGCAAAGGGGGCACCUUCCACCCCAGCCUGGUGCCCAGGAUUUUCAAGUCCAAGGAGCAGCUCAUCCUGAGGGCCAACAGCCUGAAGAAGGCCUUGCGGCAGAUCAUUGAACAGGCUGAGAAAGCGGUGGACGAACAGAACAAGCAGACUCAGAGCUAUAGAAGCAUCAUGGUGGGCACCAAGAAGGACAGCAACGAGGACUUCAGCAAGGAGACAGAAAAGCUCAAGUCCCGCCGGGACACGGUCAUCUCCACCACCUCCUCCAUCAUCCUGGACAGACCCGAGAGCUUCAGCCCAGUCUACUUCACGGAGGACCCUGGUGCUGUACAAUUCUCUGAAAGAUGUGUUAUGAAUAAUUAUUUUGGCAUCGGCCUGGAUGCAAAGAUCUCUCUAGAAUUCAACAACAAAAGGGAUGAGCAUCCCAAGAAAUGCAGCAGCCGCACUAAGAACAUGAUGUGGUACGGAGUUCUGGGGACGAAGGAGCUUCUCCAGAGGACCUACAAGAACCUGGAGCAGCGCGUGCAGCUCGAGUGUGAUGGAGUGCCCAUUUCCUUGCCCAGCCUGCAGGGCAUUGCUGUGCUCAACAUUCCCAGCUACGCAGGCGGCAUCAACUUUUGGGGAGGCACCAAGGAGGAUAAUAAUUUUGGGGCUCCCUCAUUUGACGACAAGAAGCUAGAGGUGGUUGCCGUCUUUGGCAGCAUCCAGAUGGCUGUGUCAAGGGUCAUCAACUUGCAGCAUCACCGCAUUGCCCAGUGCCGGAUGGUGAAGAUCACAAUUCGGGGUGACGAGGGAGUCCCUGUGCAAGUAGAUGGAGAAGCUUGGAUCCAGCCCCCUGGCAUGAUCAUGAUCCGGCACAAGAACCGUGCUCAGAUGCUGACAAGAGACAGGGCCUUUGAGAGCACCCUCAAGUCGUGGGAGGACAAGCAGAAGGGGGAGGGCUACCGAGCCGCCUCCCGGCCCCGCCUCAGCUCCCAGCAGUCCAUGGAGUACGUGACGGACGAGGAGUACGCCCAGAUGCAGCAGCUGGCCCAAGCCACAGAAACCCUCAUCAGCAGGAUCCGCGAGGCUGCCAAGACCUGCAAGGCCAUAGAGCAGGAAUUGGCGCAUGCUGUGAACGGCAGCUCCCUGGCACUGAGCGAGGCCCUUCCCAGCAAGAGCAGCACUGGCAGCCCUGAGUUUCUGAGCAGGAGCACCGCUGUGGAAGUGUCAGUUAGCGUGAAGGCCCUGUACACCGAAACGAGAGCUUUUCUGGAAGGCAAACUGCAGCUGGACUCCCCCCAGCAAGAGGAAGGCCUGCGGCAUCCCUUGAGCGCUGUCAGUGAAGAACUGCGGAAACUCUCUGAUAUCCACUGGAUGGCGCCAGUCAUCACCUCUGCGGAGGAGGGCAUCAAACAGGAGACCCCAGGGAGCGGCAACAAAGGCAGCCUGAAGUUGCGGAUCAACCUUGCAAAGCCCAAAAAGGAGAAGGAGAGGCUCCCGAAGCAGAAAUGCAGUGGUGUCACGCCAGUGGACAAUUGGGGCCCUGAGGAAUUGGCUGCCUGGCUGGAGGCGCUUGAUUUAGGGGAGUACAAAGAGAUUUUUAUGCGCCACGACAUCCAGGGCUCCGAGCUGAUCCUGCUGGAGAGAAGAGACCUAAAGGACCUGGGGAUAUCAAAAGUGGGCCAUCUGAAGAGGAUUCUCCAGGGAAUUAAGGACACCACCAGCCAGGUCUAGAGAUGCUCCUCUCAGGCAGAAGCUGCACCUUUGCUGCGCUCGAAACCUUUCUCUCGACUGCUCCCAUCUGUGACCCGCAGCACCUUCGGGUUCUGCAGCUCGUUGCAUCUGAUCUGAUAGCUGGGCAUGGCCUGGACCAGGGCGCCCUGGGAUCUGCAUGCUGCAAGGACACCUCCCCCUGCAGCAUCCCAUGCAAACAGUUUACAUUUCCAUAUUUGCCAAAGAGUGUGGCUUGGUUGUUUUUUGUCUCUCCUCGCUCCCAAAUUUCCCCCCUAUGUCUCCCUGUGGUAACUCCUGUGGUUUUGGUUCACGUGUUUGAAUUUGUUUUCACUCUAAGCAAUUCAUUUCCAUUCAUCUGGGGAUGGGGGGGGGAAGGCAACAACUGCCCAUUUGCAUCAUGGGAUGCCAUUUCCUUGUAGGUCUAGCUGUGCAGAGAGAUGGUUUCAGCAACCUGGGUUGGAGGAGGGGGAAAGGUGUCGCCUAAUGGAGAGAGUUGAUCUGGAUAUUUAGGCCAAGUGGGCCCCAUAACUGGGAUUGGGGGGGCAGAUAGAGAAAGGGUGGUAGCCUUCAAAUAGCUGAGAGCAACUUGGAAGUGCUGUGGUAAGCUUCUGUAAGAAUUCCACAGCCGUGGGGUGUGUGGCUCUAACGCCAGAGAGAUUCCUAUGCUCUGCAGCUGCAGGUGAACAGGCUCUGUUGGUGAACCCUUCUGCAGGUUUUGAAGCAGCCUUCACCAAUCUGGUGCUCUCCAGAUAUUUUUCACCCUGCUGAUUGAGGCUGGUGGGAGUUGUAGUCUGAAACAUCUGGAGAGUACCACGUUGGGGAAUAAUUAUUUAGCUCAGGGGAGGACAAAGCGGCUUCUACAUGCACAGGCUGGGCUGCUUUCUCUAUUGUUCCCGCUGGGGCUUCUGUUAAGCCUUCGCGCAUGUCAGUUUGGCUGGGUAUGAAGGAGGCAAAUGGACUGGCAUCUUGCUCUUCUUUUUAAAUAUUUUCCCUCCAGUCAGUUGAUCCAGAAUGGUGGAAUCACAGGCUUUGGCUAUAGAGGUUUAAAUAAUCUAAAACAGUUCCGGGUCUUUUCCCCCUUCACCAUCUAACUUUUCUUUAGGCCAAUUUUGAGCCAGUGUAGACUUUCAACUUCUGCAGCAUUCUUCAUCAGGCAGAAAUGUUCUGUGUCACUUAAAAGCUUCCCUCUCUAACCAAAAAGGUCAUCCUCCUUUUUAGCAUUAUUAUUCCUGUGCUGCUACUGGGGUUACGCCCGUGUAGAUUAGCCGUGGGGAACCUCCAGCCUUUGUGCCUAAUUAGACUGGGCAGGAGAGGCUGUUCACCCCCCCAAACUAUGCCCAUCCGCUCCACAUCCGACACCAUAUGUGAGGUAAGAACAGGGCUGCGAAGGAACAAGCAGAAAGAGCCUUAAAGUGUGUUCUCCUGAUGGUUCCUUCGCCCUGGGGGGGGGGAUGGGGACAGGUAUUGGGCCUUGUAUUUUGCACCUUUUAACUUUGGUGUCAGAUGCAGGCCUGUUGUGAUUUGUUUCCGCUCGCUGGCAGAAGUGGGAUUUGCAAGCAGCCGCAGCUGGCAGCGCCUGCAUCCUCUGGUGGGCUUGGCUUCCCUCUGGAGUGCCUGGGUGCCAAAGCUGGGCUUGCAGGUCCAGCUGAUCAGCUUUUGUCUGGGAUUUUCCUUCCCUUUGCAGUUGGGGCAUCUGGCUGCAGGUGACCACGACUGCAAGGCAGCUCACUACCUGCCCUAUUCCCCAUCCCAAAUCUAGAUUUUGGGAAGUGGAUAUCAUACUGAGCCCCCUUCCUUUAAUGGGUGGGGUUUUGUGCCCAGUCUGCAGCAGGCCCUGCCUUAGCCAAAGGUGGUGUCUCUCCCCCCCCCCACCUUGGCCUCCAUCUUGCUGGUCCCUUUCUUUCACGUGGGUGGGGCAGGAGACCAGGUGAAACAUUUUUUACUCUCUGCUCAGCCUUCAGCUCACAGGAGGGCAUUUCCUCUGCCACUUCCCCCCUUGCCUGUUGCAGAACUUGCUGAGGCUGUAAAUAGUUUGGAGAGAAAGAGAAGAUAUUUAUUUUAAAAGUUUAUAUAUAUAUAAAAGCUUAAUUUAUUUUUCACCUGUGCUGUGCGAGUGCACUUUGGAAUCCCCGUGUGGGGUUGGAGGCUGGUAACCCCUGGCCUUGAAGGUUCCUGCAGGUCACUGAGCUGCUGCUGCUGCUGGCCUGAGCAGGUAGCUACCCUGGGGGGGAAGCCUCCAGCCCUUGCUGUUUGUUUUUAAAAGCAGGCUUUUUCUGCCUUCCGGCCAGUUUUAUUUCAGUAGUGUGCUAACCAAGUCAUUGCUGCACAAGAAGCCCCCUUUGGCCUGAGAGGCCCAGUGGUGGAGGGAGUCUGGGACUGGCCUUGAGGAGGGAGACAGAAGAGCGACUCCGGUCAGGCCAGCUGGUUCAGCACACCAAGCGUUUGUGGGAAAGGAAGCCGAAGGAGGUGCCCUUCAGUCCCUUUGCUGGCGGGGGUGCUUGUGGGUGCAGUGGCCCUGUGGCCCUGCCAGCCCUCUCCCCUUGUUCCAAGACCAUCAAGGGCCUCCUGGGCUGCCUAAUACUCUCUGGCUUGAGUGGAGUCAGCCUCUGGGCUGAACCCUCUUGCAGCCUCCUCCGGUUCCCAGCCGAGCAAGAGGUCUUCCUGCAGCAGCACCCAGAGAUGGAGGGCCUUAGCGCGGUGGAACAAGUAGCCCCUGCAUGGAGCAGACAGGCGGCAGCAGCGCCAUUGCUCUGGCCUGAGAGGGGGGCUGUCAUAAUGUCCAUGUGCUUACAGUGGUUGAUUCAUAUUGUCAAUGUGUCGGGGGGAAACCGUGUGUGGGAGGGGAGGAGCAUGUAUAUAGUCCUGAAUUCCCCAAGGAAAAGUUAGGUGAGUGGGUUAGGCAGCAGGCCUGCUCAUGAGUUUGGGGAGGGGGGUGGAGAGAGAGAACUAUAGGCGUAGCGUGCGCACACCUCGCUCGUGCAAGAACAAUCCUUCCCACCCAUGUGCUGGAUUUACAAACUAGAGCUGGAAAAGCCUAUCAAAAAGGGAUGAGGAAUUUGCGUUUCCCUGCAGACGUCUGGGCAGGCGAGAGUUCCUCUACCACAAACCAAGCAUGAGCUUCCUGCUGUCAUCAAAAAAAACAACUAGGGAAGCUCUGAAGCUGUUGUGGGGAGAGCGCUACUGCCCAGUACAGACCCUUCACAAUGGCAGCUUUUCAUUGAUUGGUAACCAGAUUUUGCCUCUAGGGCUUUCUUUUUGGGGGGGGGGAGGCACUGUGAAUUUUUGAAGUUUGGUGGAGCAAAGCAGGUGAGAUACCAACUCCAAAGGGCUCUUUUAGGGAGCAGCUAAACCAAGUCUCCCUAUUUACUAUCUCUUACUCCCCUUUUCAGCCUAUCAGGACAGCACAGGGAGCAUUGCACAGCAGUAGCCCAGCCCCCUGCCUUUCUCCCUGCCCCCUUUGCAACAAAAAGGCCAACAGUGACCAGGACCCAAGCAACUAACUUGUUCACCAAAAAUGGCUUCCUCGCCAAAUACACUACAUGACAGGCAGACCCCCCCCCCGGGUAUUACCUUCCACAUGCGCUUUACCUGUUGGAUCUAUGCUAGUGGCACUGCUUACCCACAAAUACAGGCAAACCAGUUUCAUGAUUGCCCCUGAUCAAGAGCCAUUUUUGAGGGGAGGGGAGAAGGGGUAUUAGACUGACACAGCCACAUUAGGGAGGCGGAAAGGGAAGUUGCAAAUUUGGAAAUGACGUGAGGAAGGACGGUGGCCCACCCUCAUGAAGCUGGCCACAAAGACUUGCAUUUUAAUUGCAGACAUGACUACAAAAUAAACUUGAAAAUGGAUUUAA